AUUCGUGUUACUCAGGACUUGCUGCAAGAGUUAGUUUUGUUAAAAGAAAUUGAAUAAAUAACGUAUAUUUUAUCUUAUCAUUGCAGCCAGCAGUGAGUUCAAAGGACAGCUACCGGUGAUAACGAUUUCCUUUCAGUGUUGCUAAAAAUUACACUAGGUCUACGAUAUUUGAAUAUGACGUUCCUAAUAAUAUACUAUAUGUUAUUUUGUUUGAUGUUUUUUGAAGAUAUUAGUGCCGAUGAGUACCCGAAGUUCAUAUACCCUGAUGUGUUUAACGACUCAAAAAGAGACGCGUUCCAUUAUGGCACCUUCCCAGAAGAUUUCAUAUGGAGUACUGCUACGGCAUCGUAUCAAAUCGAAGGGGCGUGGAACGAGGACGGGAAAGGACCAAGCAUAUGGGAUACAUAUUCCCAUGAGCCUGGAAACAUCGAUAAUGGAUACACAGGCGACGUGGCAUGUGAUAGCUACCACAAAUACCAGGACGACAUCGACAGUAUGAAAGCUCUUGGCCUGAAGUAUUACCGCUUCUCAUUGUCAUGGCCGAGGAUUCUACCAAACGGGACCAUCGAUCAUAUUAAUCAACCUGGAAUAGAUUAUUAUAAUAAUUUGAUAAACGCACUAAGAGAUGCUGGGAUAAGUCCAAUGGUGACGCUGUACCAUUGGGACCUCCCACAGGCUCUUCAGGAUCAAGGUGGUUGGAAGAAUGACGAAAUAAUCGGACAUUAUAAGGAUUAUGCUAGACUUUGUUUUGAAGAAUUUGGUGACCGUGUUGGGUUCUGGAUAACCUUCAACGAACCAUGGGUGACAACGAUCUUAGGGCACGAAUUUGCUUCGAUGGCACCAGGAAUCAGAGAACCAGGAACCACACCAUACAUCGUUGCUCACAACAUUCUAAGAUCUCACGCCGAAGCGUAUCAUGUUUAUGAUUACUCAUUUAGAUCGAAACAGAAGGGGAAAAUCGGCAUUACCUUGAAUUCUGAUUACUAUCAGGCUGCGGAUAUGAAUGAUCCAGACACAAUAGAAGCUGCAGAAAGAGCUCAGCAGUUUGUGAUGGGAUGGUUUGGACAUCCAGUCUACAAGAACGGCGAUUAUCCAGAGGUCAUGAAGGAAACCAUCGCUAGGAAAAGUACACAGGAAGGACUCAGUGAAUCACGCCUUCCAGAAUUUACAGAGAACGAAAAGUCGUUUUUGGCAAAGACUGCAGACUUCUUUGGACUUAACUGUUAUACUACCAGUUAUGCAAGAUCUAUCAGGAACCCUGCAGGUCCACUUAUCCCACCAUCAUGGUCCACUGAUCAGGACGUUUUCAGUUGGAAAAGUCAGAAUUGGCCGACAUCUGGAUCCGACUGGCUCCGCCCAGUGCCAUGGGGUGUUCGACGACUUCUUAACUGGAUAAAAAAUGAAUAUGAUGAUCCUGUAAUCUACAUCACUGAAAAUGGCAUCUCAACUAUCGACACAGCCAACCUGCAUGACCAAAUACGAAUUGACUAUUACAGUGCUUAUUUAAGUGAAGUCUUAAAAGCUAUUGAUAUUGAUGAAGUGAAUGUAAAGGGCUAUACAGCUUGGUCUCUGAUGGAUAACUUUGAAUGGUCUCGUGGCUACACAGAGAGAUUUGGUCUUCAUUACAUUGACUUUGAUAGCACCGAGAAGACUCGGAUUCCCAAAGACUCGGCAGCUUUCUACGCUCAAGUAAUUGCAGACAAUGGGUUUCCAGCAUCUAGUGUGCAGUCUGGAUUUAAUGCCGGAUUUAGAACCAUACUUUUAGCCAUUUGCAUAGUUUUUGCAAUUAUAUAAUUUUUCGUAACAUAAAAAAUGAUACGAUUGUAUGCAACAUUCAAGAGCGGUGCUGUUUAAUGUUGUUUUGUCUGCUACAGGCAUCUACAUUUAAGAUGAUUCCACCAUUUACAUUGAAUUUUUAUGAAAUGGAAAUAAAUGUUCUUUAAUUAAAUUACUAUAUAGUGCUAAAAUGAUACCAUAUACUGCAUUGUACAUAAACUAUUAGGAGUUGGAGUGAAGCUGUAUAGAUUGGGGGUUAUUGUGCUUGUUUUCUAAUCCCUAUGAUUCUUAUGAGACUUAGUAUUUUUAGAGCACUACACAUGUGCUUGUUGUCUCUGCACGGGAUUGCUAUACAAAACUGUGAUUAAUAUCAGUAUUGGCAGUCCUUAGCUAAUAUGCCUAAAUAAAUAAAAUACAUAAAAACUAAACAUUCACUGAUUGUUGCUACUAUUUUAGUACAGUACUCAUAUUACUUGCACAAUAAUAAAUGAGAACACGAUUGCUUUGUUGUUGAAUAUAAAUAUAUUCCAAGAGUUUAAUUUUUCUAUUUAAUAAAACCUACAAUUUUUCAGUUUAAUGCAGUAAAAAAAACGCAAAUAUAUUUAUAAUGAAAAAGUAUGUAUGAAAAAGGACUUGUGUUCAGUUUUAGUAUAAAGAACAUACCUUUUAAUCAUAUUUCGUGUGUAUAACACUCUGAAACGUUUGCGUAAUAUGUUAAUAUACAAUUAAUUUUAUUAUUAACAUACUUAAUAUUACUUGGUACCAUUACAUUUUCCUAUACCAUUCUGGAUUUAGAACUAUUAAUGAGGAACCAAAUAAACAAUUUAUCUGAAUAAAUCUCAUCUUAAAAUUCUAGCACCAUCAAAUGAUUUUUAUUCUUGUGAAUGUAUACUGUAAAUUUUGUUAUGGUAUAGCAAUAAAUAUUACAAACAAUGAAA